AGCCGACGGCGGUGCUGAGCUUUGGUGGGACGGUUUUGAAUGUGCGGCCAUCUCCAGUGGUGGCAGCCUUCAGUUCCAGAGGACCCAACUUGGUAACGCCCCAAAUCCUGAAGCCAGACGUUAUUGGGCCUGGCGUUAACAUUUUGGCCGCCUGGUCUGAGUCCAUUGGGCCUACUGGAUUGGACAGCGACAAGAGGAAAACCCAGUUCAAUAUUAUGUCAGGAACAUCCAUGUCCUGCCCUCAUAUAAGUGGGCUGGCGGCAUUGCUGAAGGCAGCUCAUCCGCAAUGGAGUCCUAGUGCUAUCAAAUCUGCGUUGAUGACCACUGCAUACACGCAGGACAACACCAACUCAUCUCUCCGGGACGCUGCCGGAGGGGCAUUUUCCAAUCCGUGGGCUCAUGGAGCUGGCCAUGUUGAUCCCCACAAGGCCCUAUCCCCCGGUCUCCUGUACGAUAUCUCGACCGAGGAUUACAUUGCCUUUUUGUGCUCUUUGGACUAUGGUAUUGACCAUGUUCAGGCUAUCGUGAAGCGCCCGAACAUAACCUGCUCCAGAAAGUUUGCUGACCCAGGACAACUCAACUACCCGUCGUUUUCAGUUGUGUUUGGGAGCAAGAGGGUUGUUCGAUACACUCGAAUAGUCACAAAUGUAGGGGCUGCAGGCUCGGUUUACGAAGUGGCUACAACUGCACCUUCAGUUGUGAAGGUGGUGGUGAAACCUACAAAGCUUGCAUUCACUAAAGUUGGGGAGAGGAAGAGAUAUACUGUUACAUUCGUGGCAAGCAGCAAUGCAGCUCAAACCACGAGAUUCGGGUUUGGAUCGAUUGCAUGGAGCAACGACCAACACCAAGUCAGAAGCCCGGUGGCAUUCGCCUGGACGAGGUUGUGAUUGUUGUUUUUGUAUAGGGCGUUUUCCAUUUGUUACUGGUUUUUCCAUUCCUCCAAUUUGCUCCAGAAGAAAUCAGCAAGAGGUUGAUGAUCCACAAUAAGCCAGAAGAAAUGGUCAUCAAUCAAAGCAUGGAAAAAUUCAGCGUUUGGUUUGGUUUGGUUUGGUUUGCCAUUGAAAAGCCACCUCAAUAGGUAGUAGAAGAGUCUGAAACUGAUCAAUUUACGAAGUUGGGAUGUCCAGGGAGAGUUAAAACUAAUGUAAUGGCACAACAUGCUUUAGUUUGGCUUUUCUUUUCUUAGUCAUCUUGAAAUUAAUGUUACUGUUGGGUCCGUUAAGAAAAUUUGCAAACAUGAAGGCCAGUGAAGUGUGUACUUAGAAUAUUUGACAACCAAA